AAAAAUGAGCACUACCCCAAUAUUAAAACUCAACCACUUUUGCAUGUACGAGAUAUUUCGGCAGAUCAAAAUUGAAUGCGAAAACAGAAGUGUCCCUGUGAAUUAUUGGGCUCUGAUAUAUUUUGUGAUCAGCUGCGAGAGAUUUGUCAAGGCUUUUGAGGAGUGUAACCCGGACCUUUUCAAGAAACUUCAUAUCGAAUUUGCCUAUCUCGAAAGAACUGUGUCGAUUGAUAUAAAAUUGCAAAAGAUUUACGACUUGUUGGCAAAGUUUUCCAAAAAGGACAAGGAAUCCUAUUGGAAAUGUUAUGUGGAUGCAAUCAAGGAGCAUCGACGACUGGAGUUUGUGGUAUUAUAUUACAAACGAACGCAACAUUAUCCCGAUCAUUUAGAUAGGAUUCAGGCCCUGAUGAAUGCCAUUGACCACAAUAAAGGCCUGCAAUUCCUGGAAAUAAAUAUUGAAGGCUAUAGCUUCCAAAAUGUUCCACAGUUCGGCCAAUUAGUUUACCUCAAUCUAAAUAUUCGAAUGGAUGCCGAAGAUUUGGUGCAGCUGUGCCGUUCAAAUCCGAAUUUGGAAAAUAUCAGCUUCAUGAGUACCCAAUUAUAUGGAAGGUUUUCGGAUAUUGUGCCGUACUGCAACCAACUGCGAGCUCUGGAACUAAAAAUGAAGAUAGAUGCCGCGGAAUAUGCUCCUUUGGCGAAAUUGCCAAGACUUAAAAAACUGAUACUUAGAGGUAGCCAUCGAGAGGGAACUCUUGUAAAGUUGUUUCAAACUUUCGAAGGAAAGAUCCUUCAGAACUUGGAAAUUUCGGAUACUUUUCUCAGUGAGCAAGAGACGUUGGCGAUAUCGAAAAUAAGUAGUUUAUCCAACAUUUCGAGUGGUUUUAGGGAUCAACAGAGCAUUGAGAACUUGGCCUUUUCGCGGAGUCUCAAAUUGGUAAAAAUAUAUGUUCAAUCCGGUCAACACAUUUUAUUAGGUCAGCUGAUUGACUUGAUAAAGAAGUCUGCACUAGUUCUACUCCAAAAAGACAGCCCCUCCUUAAAGAUCGAAUUUGACGAGGAACCAGAAAUAUUGAAAGUGACCUUUUUUCACACAGACGAAGAUGUGGAUUUUAAGUACUAUCUUCCUAACGACGAUGAAAAUGACGUUGAGGGCGAUGAAGAACGGGUUUACUACGAUCUUCUAAUUCAUCAUCUUCUUAAGCAUCACCUAUUUUAUAAUGGAACCUAUUUUAAUGAAGAAGAGGAGGAUGAGGAAUAUGUCCCUUGCGAUAUCACUAAUCACAUAACCUGCAUUCUCGAGCUUCUAAAUAUCGUUCAGUUCUUUAUUUCCGGACCCUUUAGUACCGACAUGUUGCAAACCAUCUUUCGGAAAUUGGAAAGCACACAGUCACAGACUCUUAAAAAGAUAGUAAUCAGUGAAUGUUCCUCAUUAAGCCAAGAUAAUGCCAAUACACUUGCAUCAUGCCUAUCCUUAAGCACUAUUGUUAACGCCGACGAUAAUUUGAAUAAAAUAAUCACAGUUAAAGAGCAAUCUUAG